AUGUCGGUUUAUGGAAACUACUCCAACAAGCUGUUUAACGACCUAUGGAACGAUAUAGCACCUGGGUUUUACAACUACGGCAGAAUAUCACCUGAUGUAGAUGUCGAUACCAUCCCGGACUUGAAAAAGGCAAACGAGGAUAUGAUAGAGUAUAUUAUCUCAAACCAGGGGAUAGGACCAGACUCCAGGAUCCUGGACUUGGGAUGUGGGAAAGGAAUGUACACCGUGGGAAUUGCUAAACGCACGGGGUGUCACUUUGUAGGGACUGAUAUCAACCCGAAGUAUAUCGAGGAGUGUGAGGAGCUGGCUAAGACCCACGGAGUCAGCCACCAAGGAGAGUUCCUGAUUUCCCACAUGACCGGACCAGCAGCUGAGAUAAAAGACCAGACCUACACCCACAUCAUGGUUCUGGGGGCCAUGUACUACGCGCACGGCAACCUUAAGAAAUUCUUGGAUAACCUUGUCAGUUGUUGUGUUAAGGACACUAAGAUCUUCAUCUGGGACUUUGUCAGGAAUGUUGAAUGGGAGCUCUGCAAGGAGGCGAAUAGGCACCUGAAAAGACCUCACCCGAUUCUAACAAAAGACAAUGUUCUGGACCUUUUCAAGAAGACUGGUUUGGAUCUGGUAGACUUUGAGGACGCGACAAAGUUCAUUAUACCAGGGUAUAAGAUAAUGACGAGGGAAUGUAAGAAAAGGGAUCCUAAUAUGGAGGUUCUUACAUAUCCACUGGUGGGGGAAGCUUUUAUGGAGGGAUUGCUAGCUUAUGUGUAUUACUGCCUGAAAAUCAAGUCUUAGAGAUGCUCGUGAGACAAUCACCAGACACUUGACUAUUCUUUCUAGUUUCACCAGAGUUAAGAAACAUUAGUAUUACUGAAUACGUAUAAUGGGUUGCAUGCUUUAUAAAAACGUGUACAAAUGCAUUGAAUUAUUGAAUUGUUAUUAUUAUUGGUCGAUGGUGAAUUGUUUUUGUUUUUCUCCAAGUUUUUACUUACUUAGAGAUGAUCCUGAGACAAUCACCAGAAUACUUUUUUUAUUUUCACCAGAGUUCAGAAACAUUACUGAAUACUUAUAAUGGGUUGCACGCUUUUUAAAAACGUGUACAGAUGUAUUGGAUUAUUAUAUCGGGUCUCUAUAAGAGGUCUCGACUGCCU